AUGCCACUUAAUACCACCCUCACCGCGACAAUGCGAGCUGUCGCGUGGUUUGGCCAACCCUACAACGUGUCCGUCAUUGAUAUGCCCGUUCCGAGUAUCAUCAACCAGACCGACGCAGUUAUCCGCAUCACCACCUCAGCCAUUUGCGGCUCCGAUCUUCAUUUCUACCACGGCUACACGGGGGCUGCCGACGUGCCUUGGGGACUCGGUCAUGAGGCCGUUGGAUACGUCUCCGAGGUUGGCGAGGCCGUGUCCUCUCUGAAGGUUGGAGACUAUGUAAUCAUCCCGGAUAAUGCCCACGAUGGGCAUUAUGGUCAGAAUCACCCGCUUGCAUUCGGGAGCGGCUCCCCUGACUAUGGCGGUCUGCAAGCCGAAUACGCCCGUGUCCCAUUCGCAGACAUGAGCCUUAUCCCCAUCCCCUUCAACAACAGCACCGGAAACGCAACCAAGGAACUCGACUACCUCAUGAUCUCAGACAUCUUCACCACGGGCUGGCAAGCUCUAACCUACAGUGGUUUCCAGCCCGGCGAUACCGUAGCCGUCUUCGGUGCCGGUCCCGUAGGUCUCAUGGCCGCAUACUCUGCCAUUCUGCGCGGUGCGUCGCGCGUCUACUCCGUCGACCAAGUACCCAGUCGUCUCCAACUCGCUUCUUCGAUCGGCGCCAUCCCUAUCAGCUUCAACACGUCCGACCCCGUGGAUCAGAUCGUAUCCCGUGAACCGAACGGCGUCACCCGUGCUUUGGACUGCGUUGGAUUCGAAGCCGUCAACGCCACAGGACACCGCACAGACGGCAUCGUCCCGCGCAACCUCCUCUCCGUCGCAGCACAGCAAGGAGGCAUCGCCAUUGCGGGUGUCUACACUGGCGGUGGGAACAGUACCCGGGGGGCGCCCUUUGCUGAUCAGAUUCCUGCCCAGGUUCCGUUCUCCGUUGCGUCGUUGUGGGAGAAGGAGCUUACCGUGGGCAGUGGGAUCGUGUUACCGCUCGAACAUGCGCAGGCGCUUGUGGACCUUGUUGCUGCUGAUCGCGCGACCCCGAGUUUUGUGAUCAGCUCGGUUAUUGAUAUCGAGCAGGCUCCGGAGUAUUACAGGCGUUACAGCGAUCAUUUGGAGCAUAAGAUUGUCAUUCGCUUUCCUUGA